CAGAUUAAUUACCCACCUCAGGGAGCGAAACUCGCCUUCAAAAAUUACGGGAAAACAUUUGGACCGUCACACAUCUGCAUCUAUGACUUUGAAGCCUUCAUGGACAAGACAGAAGGAGGAGGAAGAUGUAUAGCUCAACAUAAAGCCUGUGCAUAUAGCUACAUCAUAAUAGAUAGACAAGGUGAAGUGGUUGACAGUUUCCUGUAUCAAGGAGCUGACGCUGCCAUGCACUUUGUCGAAAAAUUAUCUAACAAAUGGGCAGACAUUGUAAAAAACAUGCCCUACCACCACCUCCACAUGUCCGAUGAAGAUAAAGAAGCGUUUAAGAAAGCAGAAAAGUGUGAACUAUGCCACCAAAAAUUUCCCGCGCAACACCAGAAGCACAGACACCACGAUCACACCAAACAAUUCUUGAAUUACAUCGGAGCCUAUUGCGCUCGCUGCAACCUCCAGAUGAAAAAUCACCGCACAACAAUCCCAUGCCUAGCUCAUAAUCACUCAUACGAUCUCGGCUUGAUUUUGAAAGAAAUGCAAGCUAACACAGAAAUCAAAAUUCUUGCGAAACAAGGUCUUCGAUACCACUCUGUAGAAUUAAACAACCUUAAGUUCCUCGACAGCUUGGCAUUUAUGAACGCAGGUCUAAACUCCCUCGCCAGCACACACAUUGAGAGUAAGCGCCCACUCCGCUACUCCAAACACCUCAUAAGUCAUCUGCCGGACGAAGCUCAGUCAUUGCUUUUAACGGGGAAGGGCAUAUUCCCCUAUGAAUACCUUGACGAUUUGAAAAAGCUCGAAGACACAUGCCUCCCUCCCAUAGAAAACUUUUAUAGUUCUCUCACAGGUGAGACGAUCACAGAAGAGGAAUAUGCUCACGCACACAAAGUCUGGGAUGCAGCAGGGUGCCACACCCUGGGUGAUUACAUGGAGUGCUACUUGAGGGUGGAUGUGGGUUUGCUAGCCGAUGUGGUCACAGCAUGGAGGUCCAUGCUCGCUGAAAAGUAUGGUCUUGACAUGGUAAAUUAUGUUAGUCUUCCAGGGUAUGCAUAUGACGCAUUCCUAAAGAUGACAAAAACAAGCCUGGAGCUUAUAUCAGACCCCGAACUAGCGCACAAAAUUCAGCGUUCGGUGAGAGGAGGACUGACAUGUGUUCGCCCUUUUACGCUAUAUGCCAGUGUAAUGUCCGAGAAACUACCAUUUGGCAACAUACGAAAAUUAUCGCCUCGUGAAAAGGCAGAGUUCACUGCAGCAGGCUUAUCUAAUCACGAUGAAAACGGUGAUAUCGGGCAUUGGAUAGUGGUUGAUAUAAGAGUACCUCCUGAAGUUGCAAGAAAGACAGACGAACUGCCUCUCCUCAUUCACCACAUGAACAUAAGACACCAAGACAUAUCCCCAUAUAACAAUCAUCUCUUAGCAUCGCAGAACAGACGCUUGCCAGUUAAAAAUACAAAACUAGUUGCAUCACAUCUUCCGCAGAAGGAUUACCUCAUUCUUCUGAAACAUCUGCAGCUUCUAAUUGACUUGGGGGUGGAGGUGCAACGAGUGUGUGAUGUAUAUGAAUUCAACCAACGAGAAUUUUUAUCGCCUUUUAUUCACGAGAAUAUUAAGGCGCGUCGCGAAGCCGCAGACAAAGCACAGCAAAUGUGUUUUAAAACUCUCUCAAACAGCGUGUUCGGACGGUGUUUAAUGAACCCGUUAAAACGAUUGGAACGUACCAGCGUCGUGUGUAAACCAUCCUCAUUUCUCAAAAAGAUUCGAAGUCCUCUCUUUAAAAGACUCAUACCCCUUGCCCCCAACCGGGUAAUAACAAUCUCAAGGCUUCCUUCCGUUAAGAUGGAAUACCCGCAGUACGUUGGAUUUACCAUCUUGGAAUUGGCUAAAUUCAAGUUGUAUAACUUUUAUUAUAAAGUCUUAAAAGCUCAUUACGGAGACAGGGUAAAGCUCUGCUACUCCGACACCGAUAGCUAUAUUCUCUCUGUGGAGACAGAUGAUAUUGAAAAAGAACUUUCGAUGUCUCCUUUAAAGGAGUGGAUAGACACUUCUAAUUUUAGCCAUGACCAUCCGUUGUACAAUCCAUCAGCCAAGGGUAAGCUUGGGUUAUUAAAAUCUGAGACUGGGGAGAUUCCCAUAAAAGAGGCAAUAUGUCUAAAACCUAAGACUUAUUCCCUUCUUUUAAACAACGAUCAAUCAUCUACGGGUGUAAAGGGAAUUGGCAGGUCUGAGAAGAGAAAACUGAAACACGACAAUUUCCGUCGUAUUCUUUUUGAGAAAGAGGUACACUUUUUUAAGCAGGUGAGUAUUACCAAUGUAAAAGGUCAAAUAACAACCACGGAAACCAACAAGCGUGGUUUAUCGUUAUAUGAUGACAAACGUUGCGACAACAACAGCAAUGCAACAGGAGACAACACCAUUCAUCUGCAACAACAACGUCAACGACCCCGAUCUGGUAAUCCAAGACCUCGAAAGCGCAGAAAAGCGCAAACCGGCAACCCCUUCAUCAUCGAGGAAGCGCUGGAAGAUAGUGACGACGAUGACUCUGUGUAA